GGAAGUUUCAAUCUCAGACGUGUUCAGAGUUUGUGUUGAAGCAGAAUAUCUCUUGCAAGACACACAAUCAGCUGUUUCUUGCAAAUAUGCACCGAUCAGAAAUCCGCUUCAUUGAGUGACACCUUUUCCACAGAGCUCCUGUCUGCUCUCACCAACAUGGGGACUGCUUUCGCGAUUGUUCUGGUGUUUGUGGGAUGUUGCUGUAACGUGGUGUCUCUGGAGCUGCUUGUAAGACAGUUUCCAGGAUGUGGAAACAUAGUCACCUUCGCUCAGUUCCUCUUCAUCGCAUUAGAAGGUUUCAUCUUUGAAACAAAAUUUGGAACAAAGAAACCAGCGAUCCCUAUCCGCAACUAUGUGAUCAUGGUGACCAUGUUCUUCACCGUCAGUGUGAUCAACAACUACGCUCUCAACUUCAACAUCGCCAUGCCGCUGCACAUGAUCUUCAGAUCGGGUUCGCUAAUCGCUAACAUGAUCCUGGGAAUAAUCAUCCUGAAGAAAAGGUAUACAGCAAGUAAAUAUCUGUCUAUAGCUUUCAUUUCAGCGGGUAUCUUCAUCUGCACCAUCAUGUCUGCCAAACAAGUGAAUGUAGCCACUGAGGGAUCAGAAGAGCAAGGCUUUUACCCACUGAUCCACUGGCUUAUAGGUAUCGCCAUGUUGACCUUUGCUCUGCUGAUGUCUGCGAGGAUGGGCAUUUUCCAGGAGACACUGUACAAGCAGUACGGAAAACACUCCAAGGAAGCCCUCUUCUAUAAUCACUGCCUGCCUCUGCCGGGCUUCCUGCUACUCUGCACCGACAUCUACAACCACGCCGUCCACUUCAGUCACAGCACUCCUACAGUUGUUCCUGUGGUCGGAGUGACGAUGCCAAUAUUGUGGCUCUACCUCCUGAUCAACGUCAUCACACAGUAUGUUUGCAUCAGAGGUGUCUUCAUCCUGACCACAGAGUGCGCCUCGCUGACCGUCACUCUGGUGGUGACCCUGAGGAAGUUCCUCAGCCUCAUCAUCUCCAUCAUGUACUUCCAGAACCCCUUCACCACGUGGCACUGGGUGGGCACGGCGGUCGUCUUCCUCGGCACGCUGCUGUACACCGAGGUGUUGAGCAGUGUGUGGGCGGCUCUGCGUGGACCAGGCGGCAAGGCCAAGAAGGCAGAGUGAAGAAGAGGAAGAAGAAGAUGAUGAUAAGGGACUAAUGGUCAGAUAGAAACACAGCCAAUGUGAUGGACUUGGAAGUUGUUUUUGGUCAAAACUACCUGCAGCGAUUUUAUGCAGUUAUGUCAUUUUCUUAGACAGUAGUACACACACACACACACACACACACACACACACACACACACACACACACACACACACACACACACACACACACACACACACACACACACACACACACACACACACACACACACACACAGUUUAGACUAGAGGAUAAGACUGGUGAUACUUUAUAUGUUCAUUAUUAUCAGCUAAUCCCUAGGAGACUCAAAUAGGAGAAUUUUAUUUCAAUAUAUUUGGGCUUUAAACUAUUGUUUUCUGAUCUUUAAUAGACCAUAAGAUUAAUCAAUAAUUACAAGAAUUGUUGCAGCCUUAUUGUAGAUUCCUGCACCCAAGUAUCCAAAUUACAUUUUUAAUUGAAGCUUUUAAAACUGGUCACAUAUUUUUCAAAUGUUAAAUCAUUUCCCGGAACAUAACUCGUCACUGAAGUUUUAGUGAACAUAAUUCAAACACGACUAAAUUGUGAAUUUGUUAAGGAGUAUUUUUAGCUGUGACUCAAUAAACAAUAAUCGAGGGAACAUGUGAUGUGUCUCAAUUAUGUGUUUUUAAUAAUUUCUGUGAAAUAAUGGCGCUCUAGAACAGACAGAGAAAGUUGUAUUAAGCUUUGGCUACUGGGUCACUUUGGGUCACCGAUUUUUUCCUAAAUCGGAUUAUUGAUAAUAAAAUAUCACCAGCCCUAUUCUUAAAUAUUAGUACCUCAUUCGUUUUAUCAGGUGCAAAAUGAUGAUGCAACUUUCUUGUGUCUUUAAAAGUUUUUAAUAUUUAUUUUCUCAAUGUGACAGCUAAUUUACUCCAUAUUAGCACUGAUACCAACGUUUGUCAGUACAGUGAAUGCAAUAAUGUGAUGCUGUUGGAUGUAAGACUAUUCCUACAUUAAUGUUUAGGAGCAGCUGGAAACACUGAUUGUAUAGAGGGAUAACUUAUGUGGAUCAUAAGGAUGCUGUAAUCUUGUUUUCCUCAUCUGUCAAACUGUCUCAGGUGUAUUUCAUCAGUUUUCCUCAACAGGAAACAUCUUAAAAUAAACCUUUACACUCCCUGCACACUCUCAUUAAAAUGACAACCUGCUAC